AUCUUUUUACCAAAAGCAAAUAUUGCGAGUUGAUAUUCACUGUGGUUGUGGCACGUGAUCUAUAUAAUUUGGGGCCUUGCCAAGUAACUUAUGGUUCACAGCUCGAUCGAGUCCAGAGCAAAUAAAUGUCACACUUUCCAGAGCUUCCACUAUCACCAAGUGGGCGCCUUAGACAAUCACAGCGCCCGCAGUAGAUAAACAUUCCCAUAAUAAAGCACAAUAAACAAAAUUUUACUUUGACCUCACCCACCUUGGUAGCUUUCAUCACUCCAACCUCAGCGCAAGACCACUCCUGCGAUCCUCAGGUUUGGCGCAAGCUCCGCGACACAUCCUGAACUCUCCAUCUACACAAACCUCGCAACCACGCCCCGCGACGCGCAAGACCACCCCAACAACCCGAUCGCAAACACCGCAGCCACUCCAUGACAUCUCGGCCCACGUGAAGCAGCGCGCAUAUGAAUGAGGCUCCACGCAGGCCCGGGCGCGAGUCGUGAAGGCGGCCACUCAACCACCGAGGAGCAACCGCGAUAGCCACCCAUCCACCACCACGACGAUGGACGGCGCGGCGCCACGCGCCGCCACUGCGCCCGUCGAGGAGUACUCGCCCGGCUUCGUCGUCUCGCACCAGAAGCUCGAGGUCGAGAUCGACUUUGUGGGCCGCUGCAUCGUCGGCCGCACCGAAAUCACGAUCCUGCCCCAGCGCCGCGACCUGAAGGAACUGAGGUUCAAUGCGCGACAGUGCCAGAUACCGGGGAGGGGAGUGCUGGUUAAUGGACGCGCGGCGGAGAUACAAUAUGAGGACCCUUAUGAGCGGGUUAAUGUCCCCGACUAUAUCAUCCAGAACGCGCACCAGCAUGAGUUGCAGAAGGAUAGGGUGAAGUCGUUGCUCAACUCCCGCACCAUACCGGGCGAGUUAACCAUCUAUAUGCCCAGAUCGGUGAAAAUCGAAGACGUCAAUCCUUUCUCGGAGCAGGCACCGAGCGCGGUGAAGGACAGGGCGCUGGUGAAUGCGAGGGCGUCGUCGGUGACUGCGAAUGGGACUUCGAUUACUGCCUCCACGCCUAUAUUAACUCCGAAGUCGAGCGAAGAUCAGUCGAUACGUUUUGCGCCACUGACGGUAUCGAUACCAUUCUCGGUGAAGAGCUUCAGGGAUGGGCUGCACUGGGUGGGCGUGCAGGAUGGAGAUACGAAAUACCCACAUGUGUAUACGAGGCAUUCGCUGUUUGGCGGCGUUGCAAGUUGCAUAUUUCCUUGCAUCGACAAUCCGGCAAUGAGGUGCACAUGGGAAGUAGUGAUCAAGUGCGGUAGGACCUUGGGAGAUGCCAUGAGGCGGACAACACCGCUGAAAGCAAAUGGGAUACACUCGAACAAAAAGGGACUGGAAAGCCUCAAGGCCAACGGGGUUAAUGGGGCUCACGGGCACUCUGAGUCUUCGGAAUUUGUUAUAGAUCUCAGCAAUGAGGACAGUCUUCUGGAGAUGAAUGCUGUCUGUGCAGGGGAGCUCAUUCACGAAGUGCAAGACCCAAAGGACAUCACCAAGAAGAUCGUUACCUACCACUGCAGCACCCAAGUUGGGCCAGAACAUAUCGGCUUCUCUGUGGGCCCUUUCGAGCAGGUGGAUCUCUCCGAAUUCCGCGAGGAUGAAGGGAAUGACAAGCUUGGCCAGAAAGCCGUCAAAGUCUACGGUUACUGUUUACCAGGUCGCGCGGAUGAGCUCAAGAACACGUGCGAGACGAUGGCAUUCGCUGUCGAUUGGUUUUCUCUCAAUUUCGGCUCCUACCCCUUUCCCGACUACAAAGUCUGCUUUGUGGACGACCAGAUCUCGGAUACUAUAUCGGUGGCAGCUCUGUCGUUGUGCAGCUCGCGGCUGAUAAUCCCGGAAGAUAUCAUCGAUCCCGAGGUUGAGAUGACUCGGAAACUCAUUCACGCUCUUGCUAGCCAGUGGAUCGGUGUGAACAUCAUUCCAAGCCAGCGGAGGGACAUGUGGGUUGUAGUUGGGGUAUCAUACUACAUCACAGAUCUGUGCAUUCAGAAGCUUUGCGGGAAUAAUGAUUAUCGAUUCCGACAAAAAGCCAAUGCGGAUAAACUUGUGGACUUGGACUUUCAACGGCCGUCAAUACACGCCUUGGGAGAAACCCUUCACCUGGGACAGUUUGAAAUGGACUUCAUGAUCUUGAAGGCGCCGUUGGUGCUUUUUAUACUUGACCGGCGGUUAACGAAAUUAUCUGGGUCCACGGGAAUUGUUCGUGUCAUUUCCAGGUUACUCUACAAUGCCAGUAUCGGCGAAGUCUCAGACAGGGCUGUUACGACGGAGGGAUUUCGAAGGUUAUGCGAGAAGAUUGGGCAUUAUAAGCUCGAUGCAUUCUUCAACCAAUGGAUCAUGGGAGCCGGGUGUCCAAGAUUCCAAGUGACCCAGAAGUUCAACAAGAAGAAACUAGCGGUGGAGAUGACCAUCAGCCAGAAGCAAGAUACUCAACCGACACAGCGAAAGCUCGAAAAGCACCAGUUUCUGAGAGAAUUCAAAGAGGAAGCUUACGGCGUUUAUGCAGGAGAUGUUCAGCCCGUCUUCACAGGACCCAUGACAAUCAGGAUUCACGAAUCUGAUGGGACGCCUUACGAACAUAUCGUGGAGAUAAGAGAAGGGAUACAGAAAAUCGAGAUUCCCUAUCACACGAAAUACAAGCGCCUGAAAAGGAGUCGGCGAGAAAAAGAACGAGCUACAGCUGGCCCUGGCGUGGAUAUUACUACAGAGAAUCACGAUGAUGUGCUUCUGUAUUGCUUAGGCGAUGUUUUGCAGUCGAAGGAGGAUGUGCAGGAGUGGGGUUUGGUGGAUUGGGACACAGAGAUGGAGGUGAAGAUGGAUCAAGAGUCGUACGAAUGGAUUCGCAUGGACGCUGAUUUCGAAUGGAUCUGCGAGUUAAAUCUGAACAUGCCGUCAUACAUGUAUCUUUCCCAGCUACAACAGGACAGAGAUGUUGUUGCUCAACAAGACUCUAUGCUUUUCUUAGCCAAGAGCCCACCGCAUCCUCUGGUGUCGACUAUUCUAAUUAGGACGCUGAUGGACCGCCGGUAUUUCUGGGGGAUCCGGGAAAUGGCUUGCAGAUACCUCGCGACGCAUGGUGUUGAAGCCCACAGCUGGAUUGGCAGAGUCCACCUCGAAAAAGCGUUCCAGAGGAUGUUUUGCUAUCCCGGCUCGAGCAUGCCUAAGUCGAACGAUUUCUCCGACAAGACGGACUAUCGCAUGAAACUGGCGAUCCCAAAGGCCAUGGCCAGGGUUCGCAACAUCGAAGGCAAAUGUCCUCUUGAAGCACGCCAAUUCCUUCUUGACUUGCUUAGGUUCAACGACAAUGGCAACAACGAGUACUCCGAUUACUAUUACAUCUGUACGUUAAUGAAGGCCCUCGCAGACUCCUUGAUACCCAUCAAAAAUGAGACUCCGGGUGGUAUGAGCUUCAGUUUUGCAGACGAAGAUGAGGAGGAACUACAGAGAUUCCAGCAGGUUGCUCUCGAGGAGAUUGAGAGAUACCGGAGGAUGGACGAGUGGAUAUUAUCCUACCAGAACAUCUACACGAAAACCGCCUUGGAGUGCAAGCGUCGCCUGAUGAAGAGCAAAAUUACGCCUUCAGAUCCUAGAGAGUUGUUCGCAUACACGCACGACGGAACUAUGGACCUCGUGCGCAUACAAGCUUUUGAUGCAUUGACCGACCUCGGAUAUCUCUCUAACCACCACCUUUUAAGAUACUUCUUGAAUGUAAUGAGCACUGAUGCCUCGCCUUUCGUUCGAGAUCGUCUUUGCCAGAUUUUGUUUUCCGGCCUUGGAGCUGUCGCGCUCGGCGAGCACAGCAAAGCUGCAGUAGAACCAAAGCAAGAAGAGGACAUGGAUACCCUGAUUGUCGAGAACGAGACAUCAAUGGAGGCUAAGAAGGCACUUGUUGCGCGAACAACAAGCAUAGAGGGUGCGAUGAAUGCGCUUAAAGAGGAGCUCGAGAAGAAUGCAACUCUUAAGCAGGGGUUAUGGGAUGCCGUAAGGUCAAGACAAGUCGCGGUGUCUGAGCAAGCUGAUUACCUUGAUAUAUGCACCGUCCUCUACGACGCGAUAGAGUCUAUGGUUGUGCGCAUGAAAUAUCCACGGUAUUGGAAAGCGAAGCAUCUUGGAAAGGGCAAAAUACGCUUCUGGCAGACUGAUAAAAUCCGCACUAAGCCGCGUCCGCGUCCUGUGGCGGUCCCUGUGAAGAAAACUGCUCCGCCCAUUAUCGUGGGACCACAGAGACCUACAUCAUCACCUUCUGUGGCCCGAGGGGAUACUAUCAAGGCUGAGCACGGCAGUAUGAAGCCGCCAAAACGUCCUGCGCCACCCAACUUCAGCGACAGAGCCCGUCCUUCAAAAAUCCUGAAGCUCCGCCUGUCGCACGAAAAACUUAAACGAUUUCCCCGCGGCGGCCCUGCACGAUCCCCUCUACCAUCAUCACGACCCUCUCAAUCACCCUCCCUCUCCAAACCUUCGCCAUCUCCUUCUCUUUCGAAACCCCCACGCGAGUCUCCAACACCGUCAUGGUCGUCGGCCUCACCCGGACCUCGCAACACCACCCCCGGAACAUCCGGUACCACAGGCCAGAAAAUCCGCGUUCCACUCCCCAGCGGCGCCCGUGUACCUCUCCCCAGCGGACCAACCCCGCCUCCCCAGUUACCGGCCAAGUCUAGUCCCAAGCCUAGUCUCAAGAUCAGGUUAAGCUUUGGAGCGAAGAAGACGGAGCCGAAGACGGAGCCGAAGUAG